AAUUCAUUGCCAACCACAGGGUCAAUCACAUUGUCAGGGAAGAAUUUAAAAAAUCAUUAUUCAGUGUUGCCAACACCGCCGCUGCCAUCAUCAAACCAAGACAAUGAGCAGUCUAGAAACCAAGCUACUUUGGUCUAAAAACUAUCCGCAGCAUGGAUCUGACAACCCCUUUCAUGACCGACGAUUGAAGUCGUAGACGAAGAGGAACUCUCCUGACCGGCUGUACUCAUGGAUCCGCCGGAGGAACUCUCCUGACGAGAGGCACUGGCGAGAUCGUCUUUUUUGCUUCAAGAGGAAGAAAGAAAACGCUAGCGUAACUGUAUCAAUGGUUAAGUAUCACAUUGUCACUAAACUUAUCUAAAAAUAUUUGAAAAUGUUAUAUGUUCGUGAACACUUAUAAACAGCGACGGCGAUAGAGGAUGGUCAGGAUGGAUCAUGGCCCGUCCUGAGAAUUUAAAAUAGCUUGUAUACGCUAAAAGAUAAUAAAUAAAAUAAAUGUAUAUGUAAUAAUAUCAUUGUUGUUCCACCUAACCUAGUACCCUAAACCCUAAACCGCUGUCACUGCUUAUAAGGAUCAUGUCUUUAAUGGAAAUACCAGCAAAGCAUUAAGUCGCUGACUGAGAAGAAAGUUGGCCUAAGCUGCAAUUUCUCGUCCUCGUAAACAAAACGAGUUGCUGUUCCUUUGAGGAAUCGAUUCGAGUUCCAGAGGACACGCGUGGAGUGCCACAGUCGCCGGCAGCAGCUCCUCCAUCCGAUUACACGUGCCCCUCGGCCCUGCCGACCUGGGACACGUCCCCCGCUCGGCUGUACGCAUCAGCGCUUCACAUUCAUCCACAUAUAUACCAGCGUAGAACCUCAUCGAAGUAAGACAGGAAACACAAGCAGUGCGUCUGUUCGUGUUGGUUUGAUUCAGCGAGCCAGACAAGAGAAAGCGAUGCAGGGCGGGAAGAGCUCGAGCGCGGUGGGCGCGGCCAAGGAGGCGGUGGCGAACGUGGGCGCGUCGGCGUGGGCGGGCAAGGAGAAGACCAAGGCCGUGGUGCAGGAGACGGUGAAAAAGGCCAAGGCGCACGACCCGGCGGCCAAGGCGGAGGCGGAGGCCAGGAAGCAGGAGCGGAUCCACGAGGUGGAGGCCGCCAAACAGGACGCCAUGCGCCACAACGCCGCUGCCAAGGAGCACGCCACCGCCGCGUCCUACCACCCCACCGCCGGCGCCGCCGUGGACCCCCGCGACGUUGAGGUGGAGGGCGCCACGCAGGCGGGGCGCCACAACGCCGCCGCCAUGGAACACGCCACCGCCGGCGCCUGCGUGGACGCCCACGACGUCGAGGUGGAGGGCGCCCGGUCGCGCGCGGGGAGCAGCGACGACGGCUACCUGCCGGUGACGGGGGCGGGGCACGCGGUGGGCGAGGGCGGCGGUCACCAAUUGCCCGCGCGCGGCACGCCUGGCGGCCGCUCCGCGUGAUGACGGGACCCCGUCCGAUGUCAUAUGCGUGUAAACUGGCUUGGCGAAUAGCUGGUGUACCUUGUGUGCUUGUCGAGUGUGACCGCUGAAUUCAGAGUUCUACUAGUUUUGUACUCUGAUGAAGAGCUAUACUUAUUAUGUUGUGAUUUGUGAAAUGAGUUGUUAUAUAAUGGAGAUUGCUCUGGUUCUGAAUUCCGAUGGAUCAUGGACAUGUUGCAGCUUGACACAAAACAUGGAUGGAU